AUGGCCCUCCCAACAGAAGAUCGAUAUGGCAUUCUAUGGACACGACCCUUGAUUCAAGCCGAACAGAUUGCGAAGUUUGUCAUCAAGAGUGGUGGCCGUCGAGAUCUUAUCGCUGAGCUUGGUUUGGGCCUGCAGGAAGUGUGCCGUACAUCAUCUACAUCCUCUACAUAUCGGUCUAUAGCUGUGGAUCGAUGGAACGCAAUCCCACCUUUGGCACAUUCUCUAGCAGUUUCUCCAUCAAGUAAGGAGCAGCAGCAAGCAAAGUCGGCAUGUGAGCAAAAGCAAUUGAGAAGCUUUGGCCGACAAGGUGCUGGGCCCUUAUCCUUUGGUCGAUUCAGCGUGAAGGAGCGACAAGCGAUCUUCAGCAGUAGCCAUCAUUGCUGGUGGAAAAGUCGCAGAAGGGCCAGCUGGGUUUCGGAUGACCCCACAACGUUCUACAAAAUUUGA